AUGGCGCCGAAUCAUGGCCUGUACGUGGAGCUUAUCGGCUCCCACAUCGAUCACGAGGUCAAAUACAACUCGGCUGCCACCGAACCGGCGUGGAACGAUGGCAGGGUCGGUGUAGAGCCUGGCCUAAUCGUCUGGCGCAUCGAGCAGUUUGAGGUUGUCGCCUGGCCCAAGUCCAAGUACGGCACAUUCUACGACGGGGACAGCUUCAUCGUCUUGUACUCUUACAAGGUCGGCGACAAAGACGGCAAUGAGAAGCUAGCGCACGACAUUUUCUUUUGGCUAGGAGCGCAUACGUCGCAAGACGAAGCGGGUACGGCAGCUUAUAAGACGGCCGAGCUGGACGAGUUCCUGCGAGGUUCCGCGACUCAUCAUCGCGAGGUCCAGGUGGCGCCCUCGGACGAGUUCUUGGCUCUGUUUCCCCGCAUGUCCAUCCGGUCGGGAGGAACCAAGACGGGAUUCCGACACGUGGAGGAGGAGGUCAAGGACGAGACGCUCACGCUGCUACGCGUAUUCAAGAACCCGGCGGCUGGCGCCAACGGUGUCAUUGUGAUUGAGGUGGAGCCCACCUGGCGCAGUCUCGACGACGUCGACGUCUUUGUGCUCGACACGGGCGACAAGAUUUGGGUUUGGCAAGGCCAGGACUGCAGCCCUAUGGAGAAGGGCAAAGCUGCCCAAGUGGUCCACGACAUGACGGUAGCCAAGCACGCCGAAGUCGAGGUGCUCUCGCAGUCCGAGUUCCGGUCGCAGCGCGUCGUCGAUCUGCUGGGAGGCGACGACGAGACCCCCCGAUCAGGAUUUCGCUGCAGACGCCCAUUCGCCUCCGGCAACCAACAGCACGGGGCCGAUCCCCAGCCCAGGAGGCUAUUCCGCCUCAGCGACGCCUCGGGCCAGCUCCUGUUCGAGCUCGUCAAUGAUGGCGAGCGGAUCACGCGCGGUGAUCUUGACAGCAAUGAUAUCUUCCUGCUGGACGAUGCUGGUAAGGCUAUCUGGGUGUGGGAGGGAAGGGGAGCCAGUGCCACGGAGAGGAAGUGGUGGUACCGCGUUGCGCAGUCCUACCUGCAGAACCUGCAGGCUGAGGCUGGGCACGAGGACGCAUACUUGAUGCCGGUGGGCAAAGUGGUUGAGGGGAAUGAGAGCCGCAGCUUUCUCAAGGCCAUUUCGGUCUGAGGAUGCCUGAGAGGGGCGCUGGAGACCAUGCUGGCAGAUGGAUGGUCAGCAGAUGGGUAUUUGAUAUGUUUGUGAACAGAUCAACACAAGUUAUCCGGCUAGGUUAUAGUGGUAGCACAUUGUUGGCACAUGGAGUAGAACAAAU